AUGGUGGCCAGCAGCAGUGCGAACGGCGAGGACGAGCCCCGACAGCGCCAGAUGCAGACGGAGAUCAGAGACGUGCUCUCGGCGCUCACCGGCCGCCUCGGGGCCCUCGGCAGGUCCAUGGCGCGCUCCGACGGCCGCGACGCCGAGCACGGUUUUGGGACCAUCACGCUCACCGGAGAGAACAAGGGCGCGACGAUGAAGGCGGAGAUAGAAGAGCUGAUGGAGAGCGGCGUCACUUACGGCGACGACAGCGGCAUGCUCACCUACGCCAACAGCAACUACCAGGCCGUCAACAACUCCAUUCUCCUGGGCGGGAGCACCACCGCCGAAGACCCCGGCGUCCACGUGGACAUAACAGAGUACCACGUUUGCACCGCCGACUCCAACAUCUCCCACUUCACGACACCGGCGUUUCACCCCGAGGACAGAUAA